UCGUGUCAUAUGGCUCCGUGAGUGGAGCAGGACGGUCCUCCUUCUCGUUCUCCUCAAUCGCUGCCGCCGCGAUGAUGAUGGAGUCGCUCCGCGUCCAGCGCCUGCAGCCGGGCGUCGGCGGCACCCUCCGCUCGCUCCGGCCGGGCGUCACGGCUCCCUCCUCCUCCUCGGCGGCGGCGAUCGCGGCUCCUCCUCCGCCGCCGCCUCCUCCUCCGCCGCCGCCUCUGCCUCCUCUUCCUCCGCUGGGGCUCAGCCUGGCCCUGGGGCCUCCUCCGCCGCCGCCUCCGCUCCUUUUGCCCGGCGCAGCGGCGGCGGCGGCGGCGGCUGCGGCGGCGGCCUUGUCGGGCUCGUCGGGGCCCCCGGCGGUGCUGAGGGAGGCGGUGGAAGCCGUGGUGCGGAGCUUCGCCAAACACACCCAGGGAUACGGAAGAGUGAACGUUGUGGAAGCCCUGCAGGAGUUCUGGCAGAUGAAGCAGUCGCGGGGGGCCGACCUCAAGAACGGGGCUCUGGUGGUCUACGAAAUGGUGCCCUCCAGCAGCCCUCCGUACGUCUGCUACGUCACGCUGCCCGGCGGGAGCUGCUUCGGCAGUUUUCAGUUUUGUCCAACGAAAGCCGAAGCCAGGAGGAGCGCAGCAAAAAUCGCCCUGAUGAAUUCGGUCUUCAACGAGCAUCCGUCCCGGAGAAUUACGGAUGAGUUUAUCGAGAAGAGCGUCUCGGAAGCUUUGGCGUCGUUCAAUGGCAACAGAGAAGAAGCAGACAACCCAAGCACAGGCAUUGGCGCUUUCCGCUUCAUGUUGGAGUCCAACAAAGGGAAGUCCAUGUUAGAGUUCCAGGAGCUGAUGACAGUCUUCCAGCUGCUGCAUUGGAAUGGCAGCCUGAAAGCCAUGCGAGAGAGGCAGUGCUCGCGACAGGAGGUGCUGGCCCACUACUCCCACCGGGCUCUGGACGACGACAUCCGGAACCAGAUGGCCAUGGACUGGGUCAGCCGGGAGCAGAACCUCCCCGGGGCCCUCUCCCGGGAGCUGGCCUCAACGGAGCAGGAGCUGGAGGAGGCCCGGCUGGCUGGGAAGGAGCUGCGGUUCCACAAGGAGAAGAAGGACAUCCUGAUGCUGGCGGCUGGACAGCUGGGGAACAUGCAUUCGUCCAACUGCUAGGAACCUUGUGCUCUUCUCUUUCUUUCCCCCAAUCCCUCCCUUCCAGGACUAAUCCGCUCGAAAGGUCUGGCUUAGAGCUGCGGUAGAAUCUGAGGGGACUAAAUACUAGAUUUCCUCACUGGUUAUGCUACCAGUUUGGGAGCAUAACGCUUGGGAUUUUGCAGGUUGCGAAGUCUAAUCAGGUUGCAAAGUGUUGGGUUUGGCAAAGGGGAGACCCUUCGUUGCCUUUCCCUUUUCUCAGCCACUCUUCUUCAAUCAAGGGCCAUUUGCACAUUUUGGAAACUCGCUUGUUUAAAUUUCUGGAGAGAGGUUUGAUUCUCAGAUGUCUCCGGAUCCAUUUCCCCCCCUCUUUUGCUAGAGAAUUUCUUAUACAGCACAACUUUAAUGUCGUGUUUUGAGUGUUGAAUAGACUUGACACUCAGUUAGGCUUCAGUCCUAUCCAGGUACUGUACAGUAUUAAGUGGAAAUGUAGCGUUGCCAGAAAAAUACUCUUGUUUUUAACUAGGGAUAUAAUGCAUAACUAUAUGGAAGGUAAAGGUAUAUCUCUGAAGUUACGUAGCUUGAUAUGCUCCAUGUUCCCUCACAAGCCUGAGAAGCACAGCCUUUAAGGCACCCCUUGCUAUUAUUCUCCAGGGUUUGAGAUGCUGCAAUGUUGGCGUCACUUGGAUGCCUCAAACCUUGUGGCAAAAAUCCCCCGGUCUUUGGCUGGAGGUUUCCUAAAGUUACAAAGAGAGGGGCAUGUACAUACAUUCUUUGUUUGCUUGCUGUUGUCUUUUUAUUCGUAGUGCUGUAACAACCGAAGUAGUUCCUUUACUGAUGGCUUGCAAUCAGAAGGGGUUUCUGCACAAACAUCACCGGAGUUCUCCUUGCUCUAGAGAGGUUUGAGUCCAAUGCCCUUCUCAGUUUGGUCUCUCCAUACUCGCCUCUUGCGGAGGAAGGAUAAUUCUACUAUUUCUAAAGGGCUACACAAAUAUUCCCUCCCGCAACACAUUUACACAACCGAGCGCUCACUUUUCCCAUGCCAGCUCCGUCUUUUUCGUGAAGCCAGACUCCUUUAACUUUGUGGCAGGCAAAUGCCUUACUCGGAGUCAAGGAGAGACGCCAACAAAAGAUUAACCUCAGCGACUUUGCUUUUAGAAUUGUGUUUGCCUUUAUACUGAAGUUAAUCUUGUACUGUGUUUCUGCUUAUAUGGUUGGCCUUAAAGCUGUGGGCGCCAUCACAUGCCGCCGUCGCAGCGCUUCGUUUCUGAUUGUGUCGCAAGAAACCGCAGUGGCAAAGUCAUCUCCAUGUUCAGCUGUUGGUUCCCCAAACGCAUACAGAGGCUUCACAACUGGGCAGCAGCUGCAGGUUGGCUUGAGCGUUCCCAAAACAUUUCUAGACCGCAAACAUUAUAUAGGCACUUUGUUUAAAGAGCGAGAGAGACAGAGAGAGACUAAAACUAGGAGCAGGACUCUUAAGUAGCAAUACUGACUGUGUAUAUAUAGAAAGUCAGAGCAAGGCGCAUGGAAGGCAGGGCUGAUCUUCAGGUCAAGUGCGCUUGGGAGGAAAGGACAUGGUUGUGCCCAGAGGGGGAAAUAAAGUGGGCACUUGGAGACUCUGUCUCCUCUGUGCCUAAAGACCUGCCUUCCAUACACUCCCUUAAGACCUUGGGCAAUUGGGAAUAAGCAAAACAGGGUGUUUUAAAGGUGACUAGCUGGAGAAGGAAUAUAGAACACUAAAUAUAAAACACAAAGGGACAGCUUACAGGAGAAACCUAAGCUCCCCAAGGAGCUGGGUUCUGCUUAGUUUUACCUAGAUGGGAGCUAGACCAAGCCUUAAUAUCCCUUCCUGGGACCCAUUUUGAGGGUGCUUAAGAUGGACCUGGUCACCUCUUGAGAAGCUUCAUCAUCUGACGAAGUGUGUCCCCCAUUUUUCAUACAGGAUUCUUUGCAACAGGAUAGGAAGUUUGGGGCAAAGGGGAGACUGUGGCCCAUACAUAGCAGUCCUCCUUCUUUUAAUGCCACAGAAGAGAAUUUUGUAUAUCAGUAGUUAUCAGCAUCACUAGCCCUUCUUGUCUUUGCGGUUCUCUUUUGGGGAAGCACAUGGUCGAAGCCAGGUACAAAAACAGGUCGUUUUGGGCAGCUUUGCAGACUUUUUAUCCUCCUCGAGGACAGCUUUGGAGUCAGGCUUUUGGGGUCUUGUUCCCCGAGAACAAAGUCUCUCCAAAACAGAAAGGGAGAAUGGACAUGGCUCCAUGUUCAGAGAAUGCUGUGGCUCGUUCAGGCUCAAGGAAGAGGGCAUUCCUUUGGUCUCUGCUCCUGGCCAUUCCUGUACCAGAAACAAACCAGUCUUGUACUUUUAUAUAUAUGUAUAUGUAUAUCUAUUUUUAUAUACAGCCUUGUUUACACUAUAGUAUUAACGUUUAAACACAUUUAUAAAGUCGUCCUUUGGAGGUUUGUAGAUGGAUGUUUUGCUUUCACUUUGAACUUUGUGAAAUUAAGACCAAAGGAGUGAAGCUCCUGAAUUUCUCUGGCGGAGAGACCUGACUUUUGGGGUUUUUCUUCUGGGCAGGCCCCAGCCGUCACUCCUUCCUUCCUUCCUUCCUUGGCUCACUGUUUGUACUCUUUCUGGGUUUUUGGUGCUGGUUUUUCUAGUUCAGAGCCCGCCUUUCAAAAUGGUUUCCGCCGCGCUGCCCGCUUUCCUCCGCCGGCGUUCGCCGCACAAGUUCCGUACUGUUUUUAUAACGUAUAGUUUUUAUACAAUAAACAGCCUUUUCUUUUCCCUUU